AUGGCGUCUGUUAUCCCCGAUACCAUAUCCAUUCCUGGUUACACAAUCUUUAAGGAAGGAAGCUAUGAUAGCGUCGCUGCAGCUGCUAUGCUCCCGACCGGCACUCCCCACCCUUUAGAUCAACUCUCUAUCUUGGAAGUCCCAAAGACUGCCAAGAUUGUCCGCGAGCAUGUCAGCCCUCAGACAGUCAAGUUCAACUGCAUUACCUUGCGGGACCCCCUCAAGGCCGAAUACAAGUCUUACCUCGCAUGCAAAGCUCCUAUGCCAGAUCGCCGUGCCUUUGCUAUCAUCAUUGUGCGCGAGACACAACAGGUGGCGGAGGUCGUUGUAAACCUGAAGACUGGCAAGGUUGAAGAGUACAAGGAGGUUAAGGAUGUCAUGCCCACUCUGACUCUAGAGGAUCUCGAUAUUAUGGAGCGUGUCUGCCGUGCAGAUUCCCGUGUUAUCCGCGCUUGCAAUGAGCUUGGAAUUACCGACAUGUCUAAGGUCUUCAUUGACGCCUGGGCUAUCGGUGUGGAUGAACGCUGGGGCUUCGACCGCCGUCUCCAGCAGGGUCUGGCCUACUACCGCAUCUCCGAAUUUGACAACCAAUAUGCUCACCCUCUUGAUUUCUCCGUUGUCGCCGAUACUGAGAAGGAGGAAGUUCUCAGCGUCGAUAUCCGCUACGUGAAUGGAGAGCGUACUGCCAUUCCCCUCAAGGAGCACAAUUACAUGCCCGAGUUCAUUGGCGACAAGUACGUUCACGACCGCCUCAAGCCCAUCGACAUCACCCAGCCCCAGGGUGUAUCCUUCAAGAUCCGCGGCAACGAGAUCUCAUGGGCCAACUAUAAGAUGCACAUUGGAUUCAACUACCGGGAGGGUAUUGUCAUCUCCGAUGUUCGCACCCACGACAUGUACGAGGACCGCGAGCGUACCCUCUUCAACCGUAUCAGUGUCGUCGAGAUGGUCGUCCCCUACGGCCAGCCCGAGACUCCCCACCACAAGAAGCACGCCUUCGAUGUCGGUGAGUACGGUACCGGACUCAUGACCAACUCCCUGAAGUUGGGCUGUGAUUGCAAGGGUGCUAUCCACUACAUGGACGGUAUCAUGUCCACCGCCAAUGGCGAGGCUGCCGUCAUCAAGAACGCCAUCUGCAUUCACGAGGAGGACAACGGCCUGCUGUACAAGCACACCGACUACCGCGACGGAACCGUCAUCUCGGCCCGUGACCGCAAGCUCAUCAUCUCGCAGAUAAUCACUGCUGCAAACUACGAGUACGGCUUCUACCACACCUUCACCCUCGACGGCACAUACAAACUCGAGAUGAAGCUGACCGGUAUGCUCAACACGUACUGCCUGGCCCCCAGUGAGGAGGCUGCUCCAUACGGAACCCAGGUCGCUCCCCAAAUAACCGCCCACAACCACCAGCACAUCUUCUCCCUACGCAUCGACCCCGAAAUCGACGGCACAAACAACAGUGUCGUGCAAAACGACGCUGUCUCCACGGAAGCUCCCGUCGGCUCGCCUGAGAACCUCUACGGGAACGGCUUCUACAGCAAGAAGACCCCGCUCCGUACAUCUAUCGAGGGCGCCGCAGACUACUGCUAUGAGACACAGCGCACCUGGGACAUCAUCAACCCUAACCGCAUCAACCCCAUCGCCAAAAAGCCCAUCGGCUACAAGAUCGUCAACCCCAACUGCCCCCCUCUCCUCGCCAAGCCCGGUAGUGUCGUCUACAAGCGCGCCGGCUUCGCUCGUAAGCCUCUAUGGGUUACCCCGUACAAGGACUACGAGCUCUUCCCGGCCGGCGACUACGUCUGCCAAUCCACCGGCGAUGAGAACCACCCGCACAACCCCACAAUCGUGGACUGGGCCAACCGCAACGAGAGCAUCGAGAACACCGAUAUCGUCGUCUAUCUGCAGUUCGGUCUCACUCACUUCCCCCGCGUGGAAGACUUCCCCGUCAUGCCUGCCGAGCCUGUCAGCAUCAUGCUCCGCGCAUCAAAUUUCCACGAAAAGAACCCUGGUCUUUGGGUUCCUCCUUCUGCUAUUUGUGUUGAUACCGUUUCGGCUAAUGCUUUUGCUGCUUCGACGUCUUGUUGCUCGAGUAAUGCACCUACUAGCGGCUCAAGAUUAUAA